UUUGUUUAUUUUUCUUAAGGAUGUUGGCAGACUGCGGCUGAGGCUGUGUCUCAGACUUCUGUCUGCCAGGCAGCGGAAAGCACCCCCACCUCAGGCAGCAGGUGGACGGAGAUUGACUUUCCUUUUGCUCCCCUCUCUGCUUUAUGCCUAUCUCCCAGGUCUGCGGUGCCGAAGCGGGGUGGGGGAGAGCUGUCUUUUGUGUGCUUGUGUGUUUUAAGCAGCCCCGGGUGGUGUGUGUAACUGCCAGGAUACCAAAAGUCAUUUGAAAGUGUUACUGUUGUUAAAGCUUAUCUUUUUAGCGUGCUUUCUCCCUGCCCAGAAAGAAUAGGUACGUGGACAAAGUCUUUCAAGUCCGAUGUUAAAUACUCUCAUAAAGUAGAAUGAGCCUGUCAUUGUACCAGACAUGUGCCAGAUGUCCUAGUUAUUACUUGGAUGGAGAAGGAAAAUCUCAAGUACGUGAGAGGUAACUGUUUGUUUCUGUUGGAUGCAAGAUGCAAGCAGUCGGCUCUCUGAAGAGUUUCUUGCAAGAACUUCUGAGUAUUUUCAGAAUGGAAUGGGCUGUGUGUGGUGAGCAGGGAAGAGGGGAGCAUUCAGGUUAACCUGUGCAUAUGCUACAACGUGGACUUGUUUAUAUAAUGGUAAAAUAGGGGAAGGUAAGGCCCGAGGCUUGAUGUUGCAGGAAGAUACUGAGAAUUCAAUGUAAGCACUAUGGCUGGAUGAUUCAAACUUAACUUUUAAAGUUUUUCUUGAAGCAGGCUCCUUCUUGUGUGCCAUAGAAAUAGAUUACAGGGCGAAUGGUUUUCUCGGUUGGUUUUGCUGUUUGGGUGGUGAUCAUUGUUUCACGAAAAUGCGAUAGCCUGUGUAUUUGCUCUUUAGCCUUAACACAUUCAAGUCCCUCCCCCGAUACUUUUCCUUGGAUUCUUUGGAAGUUCUUUCAUGUCAUCUAUGGAUAUGUCCAUUCGCUCUAUUUUUAAUGGGGAUUAUCUGCGCUGGGUACUUACUGAUAUUUUUUAUGUGUCCAUUAUGCAGAAUUCUGUUUAGUUUAAUCACCACCUUGUGGGAAAAAAAAAGUCAUGCAUACGUAACAUGCAUCUUUGUUCUCACUUUAUUCAUUUCCUAGCAUGGUUCCUCUGUAAGGAGCCCUUGCAAUCUUAAAACAUAAGCUAGCUGCCAGGGUUGCUCUUUAUUUGUUCAAAGUGCAAAUAGGCCUUUUUCAUGAAUUUCUUGUAUCAGUUAAGGGAUUGUCUUAUAUUUUCUAAUAUAAGGAAUUUUUAGGUUUAGGAUUAACAAAGAAAUUAUAAAAUGUUAGUGGUUUUAUGAUAUGAAGAUGGAUUGUGUGUGACAUGUUAUUAUAAUUGGAUUCUAAUUAAGUACCUGUAUAAACUGGAAAGGACAUAUACGUGAGGAAUUUCUCAAACCUAACCGCCUAGUGUACUCUAAUGCUUCAAAGAACAUUUAGAGUGUUUCAGUGUUCCACGAAAAGAAAAAAAGCGUAAGUGUUUUGCCUUGAGAUCAUUUAUUUAGUAAUUUGGUGAAUUACUGCUUUUUAAGUAAGUACAAGUGAAUAUUUUUGGCAUGUCUCAGAAAAUACUCUGUGCUCAUUGUGCAGGUGGAAAAUGUGUGGAAUUUCUGAUAGGAUGGAGGUAUUUUCAGUGAAAUGGCUGUGAUUUGAGGACUCUCUUAUGAUCGGAAAAUUUGAAGCCUGAUAUAAGAUUUGACAAUACAAUCUUAGUUAAUUGAAGUAUUAACUUGUAUCAAGUGGGUUCUUCAGGCUAAACAUAAAACGCUUUCUUAACCCUUACAAUAAGCAGAAACAUCUCCGAAGGGCAAGUUGCUAAUUAGCAGAAAUGAACUCUUGAAUACAGUGAGGAGGGCAGCUUAGUGAUUUGGUGGUGUUGGAGGAGAGUCCCUCCAUCUAACCAUCUGAUCUUUUCUUCCCCCCUUGAAUGACUGAAUUUUAGGUGGAUUUAUAAUGUUCUUUGUUAGUGAUAUUCCACUUGAAAUUUCAUAACCAGGUUGGCCCAAGUAAGUUAGAGGCCCAUUCAAAGCCGGUUUUCUAUAGGAAAUAAAGCGUAGGCUUGAGAAAUUUCUUCAAAUAAUUUCAUCAACAAAGACAGAUAAUCUAAGGGAUCCAAACAGGAAACCAUGCCAACCUUACACUCCCCCUGUCUCAUAAAAGAUUUGUCUGAACUGUUUGGAUAAUUACCAUAAUGAACACUUCUUUGUCCAGAAUCUGGACUCCAGAUAGAUACAGUAAAAGUUGAGCUCCCCUCCCCCAAAUAACUUCUUUAUUAAAGUAGAGCACUUAACCACUUUCUCCUUCACACACUGCAGUGUUCCUUUGAAAUUCUUCACUGAAAAUUCUUUUCUAACACAAAGCCACCAGGUUCCUUAGGAGUCCCCAUGUUAGAUCGUCUGACAUUCUUCAGAUGAUUCAGAUCUUAAUGAAUCUUUUGGAGUAGUUACAAUCUGACUUGAUUAUACCCGGAUGUGUGUUCUUAUCUUUUUCUGGGAGGAAUCUGCUCUGUCAAGAUACUCAUUGUAUAAGAAUUAGUAAAGCAUUUGUAUACCAAAUGUAUGGCAAAAUAUUUAAAAAUAGAACUAUUCUGUCUAGGUUUUCAUCCCAAUCACAGAGGAGUUUAUAGGAAUACAAUAUGUGUAAUCCAAACGACGAUCUGUUUGGGUUCAAAUUCUAUACCAGUAAUUUUUUCUGCAGACUUGCUGAUAUAGGUGUUCACAAGUUCUGAUCAAAAGGUUUCAUAUUGCCUGGUUAAACUCAAAAUUAAUGUUAAGAUUAAAAUAUAAUAAGAGUCGAUAAUAAUUGUAGUUGAAACCUUGUGGCUUAGUACAGAUGUUGAGAAAUAAGGGAAUUUCUAAGCAUCUUAAUGGACAGGAUGGUAUCAGUGGUAAAGUCAGUGCAUAGCAGUCUCUAAAUUCCGAAUUAGGAAAUCCAUGGAAGCGCCUUUAAGAGUGUUUUUGAGUGAUUUAAUUUCUAUUAGCGUCACAUAACAAUGCAUUUUCUCGAGUGGUGUAUGUGUUCACAUAGAGAUCUUGUUUAUGAAUCAAGAUGCUAAUGAAGUAUUACGUCAAGCAGUUAUAAUGGCUUCAUCUCUGUUGCCUCCAUGGGUUAUGGUCCCCAUGUGUACUACUACGAUACCUUUAGUUCUAAGUUUUAGUUUUAGGUCUUAGCUCUAUGGAGAGAUGUAGUGACUUGUGCCUAUUAAUAGAAUGCCUUGUCUUAGUGUGGAAUAUACAAUUUUUCCUGUUUGUGUUGUCUUGUUGGUUACAUCUCAGCUGAACAUUUUAUAAGACCUAAAAGUGUUUAAAUUCUCUUAGCCUAAAACAGAUAACAGAUCGUUACCUAAUCUAAAAAUGAUGACUGGUUAAAAGAGGAUUGCAAGAAUCAGUUUAGUUUGGUGAAUUUGAAGGAAGUAACAGGAUGUUCUCUUCUUGAAAGACCCAACAAGGAUGUUUAAUUCACACUUAACCAUCCACCAAAGAUGAGAGUAUCGUGUCUUUGCACCUUAGGAAGAGCACAGCCCUCUUCUUGGCUUGGGUAUGAGGCAGGGAUGCAGCUGUUGAUACCUAGGCUGGCUGAGAGGAAGUGCAGUGGACACAGAGGUAAAUGGCAGUUGGGAAAGGAAGGAUGCCUGGGCAUGACCUUGUGCUCAUCCCUUACACCAGCCUGUCAUUUCUGAGCCUCAGUUGCAGAAAUGCUCUUCCCCUGGGUAGGAGGAUGGGUAGGAGAAAAAUCUAGAUUAAGAUGAAUAGAGGAAGAAAAAGACUGCAGAAAGUUUGUUCAAGGUUUUGAUUGGAGACUUGUGUGUUUUUCAGGUGAUAUUAAAGAGAAAAGGAUUUGCCCACAAAAAGAAAAAAAGGGUCCCGGGAUUCUUGAGCUGUGCCCAGCUGACGAGCUUUUGAAGAUGGCACAGUAGCUGUCCAGUGAUGCCUGACCAUGACAGCACAGCCCUCUUAAGCCGGCAGACCAAGAGGAGAAGAGUUGACAUUGGAGUGAAAAGGACGGUAGGGACAGCAUCUGCAUUUUUUGCUAAGGCAAGAGCGACGUUUUUUAGUGCCAUGAAUCCCCAAGGUUCUGAGCAGGAUGUUGAAUAUUCCGUGGUUCAGCAUGCAGAUGGGGAAAAGUCAAACGUACUCCGCAAGCUGCUGAAGAGGGCGAACUCGUAUGAAGAUGCCAUGAUGCCUUUUCCAGGAGCAACCAUAAUUUCCCAGCUGUUGAAAAAUAACAUGAACAAAAAUGGUGGCACGGAGCCCAGUUUCCAAGCCAGCGGUCUCUCUAGUACAGGCUCCGAAGUACAUCAGGAGGAUAUAUGCAGCAACUCUUCAAGAGACAGCCCCCCAGAGUGUCUUUCCCCGUUCGGCAGGCCUACCAUGAGCCAGUUCGACAUGGAUCGCUUAUGUGAUGAGCACCUGAGAGCAAAGCGGGCCCGGGUUGAGAACAUCAUUCGGGGGAUGAGCCAUUCCCCCAGCGUGGCAUUAAGGGGCAAUGAAAAUGAAAGAGAGAUGGCCCCGCAGUCUGUGAGUCCCCGAGAAAGUUACAGAGAAAACAAACGCAAGCAGAAGCUGCCCCAGCAGCAGCAACAGAGUUUCCAGCAGCUGGUUUCAGCCCGAAAAGAACAGAAGCGAGAGGAGCGCCGACAGCUGAAGCAGCAGCUGGAGGACAUGCAGAAACAGCUGCGCCAGCUGCAGGAGAAGUUCUACCAAAUCUAUGACAGCACCGACUCUGAAAAUGAUGAAGAUGGGAACCUGUCUGAAGACAGCAUGCGCUCGGAGAUCCUGGACGCCAGGGCCCAGGACUCCGUGGGGCGGUCAGACACCGAGAUGUGCGAGCUGGACCCGGGACAGUUCAUCGACCGAGCCCGCGCCCUGAUCAGGGAGCAGGAGCUGGCGGAGAACAAGCCGAAACGUGAAGGCAACAACAAAGAGAGAGAUCAUGGGCCAAACUCCUUACAACCAGAAGGCAAACAUUUGGCCGAGACCUUGAAGCAGGAACUGAACACUGCCAUGUCGCAAGUUGUGGACACUGUGGUCAAAGUCUUUGCAGCCAAACCCUCCCGCCAGGUUCCUCAGGUCUUCCCGCCUCUCCAGAUCCCCCAGGCCAGGUUCGCCGUCAACGGGGAGAACCACAAUUUCCACACCGCCAACCAGCGCCUGCAGUGUUUCGGCGACGUCAUCAUUCCGAACCCUCUGGACACCUUUGGCAACGUGCAGAUGCCCAGUUCCACAGACCAGACGGAAGCACUGCCCCUGGUGGUCCGCAAAAACUCCUCCGAUCAGGCCACCACCGGCCCCCCGGCCGGCGGCCACCACCAGCCCCUGCACCAGUCGCCUCUCUCCGCCACCGCUGGCUUCACCACGUCCACCUUCCGCCACCCCUUCCCCCUUCCCCUGAUGGCCUACCCAUUUCAGAGUCCAUUAGGUGCUCCCUCCGGCUCCUUCUCGGGAAAAGACAGAGCCUCUCCCGAAUCCUUAGACUUAACUAGGGAGACCACGAGUCUGAGGACCAAGAUGUCAUCCCAUCACCUGAGCCACCAUCCUUGUUCACCAGCACACCCGCCCAGCACCGCAGAAGGGCUCUCCCUGUCGCUCAUCAAGUCCGAGUGUGGCGAUCUUCAAGACAUGUCCGAAAUCUCACCGUAUUCGGGAAGUGCAAUGCAGGAAGGAUUGUCACCCAAUCACUUGAAAAAAGCAAAGCUCAUGUUCUUUUAUACCCGUUAUCCCAGCUCAAAUAUGCUGAAGACCUACUUCUCCGAUGUAAAGUUCAACAGAUGCAUUACCUCUCAGCUCAUCAAGUGGUUUAGCAAUUUCCGUGAGUUUUACUACAUUCAGAUGGAGAAGUACGCGCGUCAAGCCAUCAACGAUGGAGUCACCAGUACGGAAGAGCUGUCUAUAACCAGAGACUGUGAGCUCUACAGGGCUCUGAACAUGCACUACAAUAAAGCAAAUGACUUUGAGCAGGUUCCAGAAAGAUUCCUGGAAGUUGCGCAGAUCACAUUACGAGAGUUUUUCAAUGCCAUUAUCGCAGGCAAAGAUGUUGAUCCUUCCUGGAAGAAGGCCAUAUACAAGGUCAUCUGCAAGCUGGAUAGUGAAGUCCCUGAGAUUUUCAAAUCCCCGAACUGCCUACAAGAGCUGCUUCAUGAGUAGAAAUUUCAACAACUCUUUUCGAAUGUAUGAAUAGUAGCAGUCCCCUUUGGAUGUCUAAGUUGUACGUGUCUAGAUUUUGAUUUCCUAUGGAUGUGGAUGGGAGGCAUGGGUAUGUUAUGGAAUCAGCUGGUAGUUCCUCCUCGUCAUCUUGCGCUCAUUUUCUCUUGUUUUCCGUUGCAAGGGGAUGGUUAUUUUCCUUUGGUCUUUAGUUUACUUUUGCCCGAGGCCCUUAACAUUUGGAGACUUUAAAAUAGGGUUAAUUUUCAGGGAAAAAGAACGUUGACGUGUGGAAAUUCUCUAGUCACAAGGAAAGGCAUUUCAAAGAUGCUUCUGCUUGAUCGAUACUUUAUCGCAAAUGGCAGUUGGCAGAGGGAGACCCGUGACACGGCACUGCCCCACCGACGGUGACGUGUGUCUCCUGCUUUUACUGCUAACGAGGCCAGAAAACUCAAUGAAACCACUACGUAAACUUAAAUAUUUUGUUCGGUUUGAACUCCGUAAGUUGUAUUCCUUGUUUACCCCAAAAGGCCAAAUUCCAAAACCAAAAAUAGUCACGGUCAAGCCUUUCCAUAAGAGAAAUGGCGAGUAGGCCCACACGGGUGUACCCGUUUCUUCUGGGGGCAAAGCAAUUCUUCACAAAACUGACUCUUUCGAGAUGAAGCUGGAAAUUCGCACCCGAUCUUCCGGUUACAUCGCUCUUAAGAGUUACAAUCGGUUCUUCGUAAUCAGUGAGUAUAGAUCAUUUUUGAUAGAGAAACACCCCUUUCACAUCAUUUUCUAUUAUCUCACUUCAGAUAUUAAAAGGCACAUACGUUUCAAAUGGACUCUUAAUUUGGUUUAUAUGGUUCAACGAGUUAUUAUGUCUGUUUUAUAUUUAACACUUGUUUCCAAAAGAAAAAAAAAAAAAGCAACAACAACAACAACACUAUCUUCUGAAUACAUUUCUCUAGUAAGGAAUAAAGGACAUCCCAAGUUGACCAUAAAAUUCCUGCCUACAUUAGACUCUUGUUGACAGUGGUGAGCUGACUUGAUCUUCACCACCAAAGAGGAGCCCACGUCAGGAUGACCUCUUUUUUCAUACGCGAUCCCACACUGCCCUGAUGGAUAUCCCAAGUGGUGAUGGUCUAAUGAAGUGUUUCUUCGUUUUAGGGACAGCAUUUUAAAGCAACUGAGAAAGUCUCUUCGAAUUCAGAAGCUAGUACUGACCAAAUCAUGCGAAGCGUGUGUAGGCAGCAUAGGAAAGGUUGGGGUUAACCCAAAAGACGCAAUUUCAGCACACCUAAGAAAGCCGGCUGCUGGUGUGCGUUUUCUUCAAUGGUUCUCCUCUUCUUCCUUUUUUUCUCUUUUUCCAGGUUUUCCGAGGUGUACAGUGUCCCAUACUUGCUUUUAAAAAAGUCCUACGGCAUUCACGCUUGUUUUCCCAGAUGGGUUUUGUGUGCAGAUGCAGUAAGAAUUCCUUGUUCAUUGUAAUAGGCUUUUCCAGACACCCCCCUCCCUCCCCUUAGGGCAUUGGACGUACGCUUAAAAUGACACAGGAACAAACCUGGUAUUUAGAUUAUACUGAACACAAAUACCAUUUUCCCUUAAUUUUCAUAAAAGUUACAUUUGACUCUGGAGAAUGCAGGUUGACCCAUGUGACUAACUAGCUGACCCAAUCGCUGUAAUUUACCAUCAUUUAUAAAUUCUGCUGAUGGACAGGAAUGUAUGGAGGCAAUUACUGUCAGCACAAAGCCUUAAAACCUGCUGACUUUAAAUUAAACAGCACAGUCCUGUGAUGCCCAGCAUCAUUCAGGAGGCUAACGGGCCCUCGCAGUGUGCAGCGACACGGGCUGGAACACCACUGGCUUCUCUCUGCACCCCCAACCAAUGCAUCAUCCAGCUCAUGCUCCCCUACGUAGCACACACCAAGCCAGCAGAUCCAAUUUGCUCCGGUUUGCUUGGGGAAAAAAAUAAAAAAAUGUUUGGAUAAUCAUUGCAUUGGAAUAAAAAGCAAACCAAAAAAAAAAAAAAAAAAUCCAAUCAGCACAAAGUAGGGAAGCAAUCUCAACUUGUGGUCACACUCUUUUGUCUUGCUUCACGUGAAAGAGUAGGAAUUCAUUGUUCACGUCAUGAAACCACUGGGUCUUCGCUGUUCCGUGUAAUUGACAUCAGCAUCGUGUUGCCAUUUACAAGGUAGAAGGCAAAACCGUAGUGUAUUCACCUAUGUAGACAGACUGCUAGCAUCUUCUGAUCUGGGGCAAAUUCAGUAACGAUCCCAGGCUCAUUUGGAUCUUUAGCAUUAUUUUCCCCUGCCUUUCUAAUUUAAGUAGACGGAUUCAGCAAAAGUGUGUGUUCACAACCAACGUUGAUGUGCUUAUCUAUGAUAAUAGCCGCUCGAGGUUCACUGAGGCAUAGAAAUGGUUUCAGAGUAGGAAUUGCAUGAGGUUAAACUCACCUCUUUGUUCGAUCACUUUUGCUUUUGGGUGGUUUUUCCCCUUUUUACGAUCACAAAUCUUGUGCCUCCCAGUGCAUUGGAAAGUGACAAAAGCCUGUCUCUCAAAACUCCUACUUAACGAUUCUGGGUUUGGUUUGGUUUGGUUUGGUUUUUUAAUCAUCAUCUUUCCAAUCUCAGCUCAACUCUCACCAAGUGAAAAUUGGCUACUUGGGAGAAAGUUAACUUUCUAUGAAGGUGGGAGGGACAGUUUACAUAGGAAAAAAGAAGUCUAAAGUGCAUGUUGAAAUACCACAUUACCACUUAUUUUCUGCUAACCCUAAAUUAUUUUUGCAUAUACACUUGAGGUGAUAGUCUGUGCCUAGACCUAAAAUGCACCAGCGGGGGGAUUUUUAAAAAUCCUUCAAAAUACCAGUUUUUUCCCACAAGUACAAUUGUUCUUGUGCCUUCUGUGGCUUUCGAUUUCAUCUUUUUGACUUUAUUUCCAAUUACUACAGCUGCAAUAAACACUAGAUCUUUUUUUUUUUUCUGGCUGUUUGACAUAACGUUGAUAGCUAUGCAUAUUUUGUGUCUUUUUAAAACAAAGCGGGAGAAUACGUUUUUGAAGAAGAGAAUUUUUAGAACAGUUUGAUACCGCAAAUUAUUUUUUCUUCAAUUGUUUGAGCAGCAUUCGAGUUUUGAAAAUUCUUGUAGAAGCCAAUUUUUUGUAACUGUGGUGCAAAUCUUGUGUUUUCUUAGCCUAAUGAAAAGUAGUAUAGAAGCAAUAUUUCAUACCAUGUGCUGUAUAUGUGUGUGCAGGUGUGUGAACACGAGGACACAUACACACAUAUACACACAUGUAAAAAUAUACAUAUAUAUAUGCGUGUGAAGUGGAAAGCUUACCUUUUCCUAUCUAGAUUUAAGGACCUAUUUUAGACAUUUGUUAUGUUUUGUGAAAAGAAUGUUCUAUUUGCAACAACAAAACAUUUAAUUCUUACUGUAUCUCUGGCUGUUUAAUGAGGACGUUUCACAUUAAAUGGUAAAACAACGUGGAAGAUGGUAGAAUGUAGUAAUUAUUUAAGGAAAUGUUCACCCACAUAUUCCUGAAGUUUGCUUUGUGCCUCCGAGUAUUAUUUAAUUCAAGUGUUUUAUGUUUGCAGAAUCUUUGUUGCUGUGCUAGGGAUGUGGGUGAAUAUCAUUUUUAAAAAUGUUAAAAACAACAAAAAAAAGCAAAAUAAAAACACUAAAGCAAGAGGGGAACUUUUAUAAAGCAAUGUAAAUAUUUAACCUCAUGGCUGUUGUUACGUAAGACAUGAGAUUUUAAUAAAUAACUACAUUCUCACAACAUCUGUUGAAUUUAUUAGGAACACUACAGUGACUGUAUAGACAGUUGAAAGCAUUCUUGAAAAUCCUGCUCUCUACUUUUAAAAGAUAACAGUCUCUUUCAUCAGAUGUCAAGGGCAAGGGUAAUGCAGUUUCUGUAAAUUUAUGAAAUUUCUUUUCUAUGUACAUGAAAACACUUAGCAAGUAACCACCACCACACACACACACACACACACACUCUCACACACACAUGCACGUACACAAACAGGUUAAUACUAAGUCAUAGAGCUGAAGAUCUGGGGGCUUUAAAAACAGGAUGUCCCUCAGAAGCAAUCAUACAUUUAUCAAAGAAAACGUGGUUUACUGACUCCCUGAAAGCCGUGUACAUGUGAGGACAGAGCAAAAUCUCUUUGCCCUGUAUAUUAUAGAAUAUUCAUUGGUGUGAAUAGUACAAAUGUUUCCUUCUGGUACAAACUCUGUGUUUGCAAAUUACAAGAAGCAUUGUUUUGAAAAAGCUCCCCUUAAAAGAAUGUAACUGGUUUAUAUGAGUAAGCGGUUACUGCAUUGCACUUAAAUGUUCUGUUGAAGGAAAUGCAGUUUUUUUUCUGUAGAUCUGUUGGUUGUAAACCAUCUAUAAAACUAAAGCUAAAACGUUCAUAUUCAGAGCUGGGAUCAAAACUCGUAUUCAACCUUUGCAUCUUCUCAUAAUCAUCCUUCUAAGAAUAUAGCAGGAUCUGGAAGCGUCUGGACUUUUGAAUCUUUUAACUGAGCCCUCUCUCAAAUCUGACACCCUCUAAAAUGCGCAAACGAGCAGAAAAGGCAAACAGACUGGCCCGCUUUUGUGAAAAGGUAUUCAUUCUGUGUUUUAAAAAUAUUCUAAUCCUCCACAUGGGGAGGGGGGAAACAUUUUCAAAUUGUAUAUUACCACUUCAAGGAUAGAAUUAGAAAAACAUGCAUUUGGGGUUGGUCUCAGCACUACCUACAAGAAUCAAAGGUCAUGGCUUCUCCCGAUGUUGUCCCAGCCACUUCUUAUAUGUAUAUAGUAUAAACCGUGAAAAAACACUGCCUUUAUAUUAUUUAGCAAUAUGUUGUAAAUAGCAUUAUUAAGCUCUUUUUUUGUAAUAAAGACCCUUUGAUUUGAAUAUAGUACAAUAACUGAACUGAUAAAGUCAAUUUUUGAUUUUUUUUUUUUUUAGCUAGAGGCAAUUUCAAUUGUGGAUUUUUGUUGUUGUCUAUUGUUCUGAAGACUUUGCAUAAUUUAUUGGUUUAAUUUAUCCUAAUUUAUUUGAUGAAGGUGUACAAUUUUGUAUUACCAAGGAUGUACUGUAAUAUUAAUUGAUAUGAUUAAAAAAAAUGAGACUCCCUGUCCAUAUUAAAAAGAAAAUAAAAAGGUGCAGUAGACAAUUGAUUUUAAAGUAAAAGUACAAAAAUUUAGUUUGGCAGCUACUAAAUUUUAAAACAGAAAAAGUUGUGGGGGUGGGGUGGGUAGGGGGUUUUACUUUGUGUGUUUUAAGCUUUUGUAUACUCUCCAAACUUUUACCUUUUGCUUUGUACCACUUAAAGGAUACAGUAGUCCAAUUGCCUUGUGUGCCUUCCAUCUUCUCUUAAACUGAAUGUAUGUGCAGUAUAUAUGCAAGCUUGUGCAAAAUAAAAUAUACAUUACAAGCUCA